AUGGGAGAAAAUGUGUUUACUUUCAAUCUUGCUUGCACUGUUCCAGUUAAUCCAGAGGGUGUUGAGCCCGUGGUUAAUGCAAAAGAGUUCUGGACAGGCUUACGCCGCGGUGGGGCACGACCCGAGCUUUUCGCCGAAUACGUUGCAAAGACCGAGGUCAUGAACCAAGCCUCCGACCUUGUCUUCCAACGCAGGCUCCACAUGGCAGAUGGGGCUGUGCACACCAAGGGAGGUGCUACAAUUGACCAGGACGUACGGCUCGCAGAAAAUCUUAUGUGCGAAGGAGUGACAAUCGGCAACGGUUCCAGAAGUACAAUGUUGCUUUCCCAUGGAGCCCAGCCAACAGACGGGCCGAACGACUUGUACCUUACGGCCAUAUACGAGCUUCAUGUGCCUGACGUUGAGCCUGGGAGCUCGCGCGCUGCUGAGAUAGAAAGGGACUACACCAAGCUGGCCAAAGGUGCAGCAAAUACGGUGGUGCAAAGAAUACGAGAGUGGAAGGUCGACAAUAAACUAUAA